AUGUCUGCGCUCUUCGGUAUAAGAGUCGAGAAGGGUAAGACUAGAAGGAUGGAUCCAGGGGCAGUAGCUCAAGACCUUAGGAGAUAUAUCUUUACCGAUGGCUCCCUUGAGCACCUGUUAGCAGAGACCUUUAUUCCGCGUAUCAACUGGGUACUUAUCAAAGUCGAAAUGGGUAAUAAGGACGGCAUUUCCAGAGAGAUUAUAGGCGAUAGUGAGCCAGAUACCGGGGAUCGAAAAACCAGUAGAGCAUGCCUACGCGAUCACCUACGACCUCCCGAAGAAACGAGUGGUAUCAAACCCAAACGAGUCUUCGCCGUCGCUCUCAAUACCCACGUGCUGGCAGACUUUACUCUUGGCGCCGUCACAGGCUAUAAAAUACUUUGA